AUGAGCAAACUUCACAAGUGCAAGUUCGUCGACGAACACUAAACCAUGUUCAAGCAGUUCAUAAAGGAAUUGAUUCCGUUUGCUACGUGCGAAGAUUUCAGUGUGGUUCAAUCUAAGAAGCUACUAUUGUCUCGAGGGACACUGUUAUCCAUUGAACGAGGUGUUGUCAAAGUAUGUCACGUUUUUUCAACAGCACUUCAAAAAUAUGAAGAAAGUAAGCAUCAGAGAUCUCGAAUUCAUCUGUUACGAGGUAAACAGCAAGAUAGUAUGUGCAGCGUUCGUUAAGUUUCUCAAGUAAUUACCAGCACCACAGACUGA